AGGGUUUGUGGAACAGGGAUUGUGUUUUCUCUUUCUGCGAGUACAAACAAUUCUACACAAUAUGUACGCCAAAACCAUACGAGACAGUCACACAGAGUUCAUCAGAAUCCCCAGCCAAGACUUGUAUUUCGUCACUUCUCUGGUUCCAUCUCUCUCUGCUGUGUGACUUUCUCUUCCUUGUUUUAAUUUGCAUGCCCAUGGCAGUUGUUUUCGAUCAAUUUUGAAAAUUAGGGCACGGAACAAUCAAUUUCGAUCGACGGUUACACAAGCCUCGGAGAAGAUGUAACUGACAGAAUUUCUUGACGGAUAGUAAUUUUUCUGGGGUCAAGAGUUUCUCCGGUUUAAUAAAAUCUUUUAGGGUUUGGUUUUUCUAUAAGCACGAAUGAAGGGGUCGUUGGAUCGAAAGAAGGUUGUGCUUCGGCACUUGGCGCACAAUAUUUCUCAAUCGGCGCUCAUGGAGCAAAUUGACGCCCGUUUUUGUGGUCGUUACAACUGGUUCUGUUUUCGUUCCGGCAAAAAUAGGAGUGAUUUGGGGUAUCGCUGUUUUAUUGAUUUUGGAGGAAUAAGUAAAUUGCAGGCCUUUAGAGUCUGCCUGAAGUGUCAAUCCUAUUCCAGACUCUACAUCGAUUUUAAGCAUCCAGAGGAUGUCAUUGAGUUUGCAGAGUUCUUUGACGGACAUGUAUUUGUUAAUGAGAAGGGUACCCAAUUUAAAACUAUUGUCGAGUAUGCGCCUUCACAGCGUGUUCCAAAGCAAUGGUCUAAGAAAGAUGGACGUGAAGGUACCAUAGAAAAAGAUCCUGAAUAUCUUCAAUUCCUCGAAUUACUUGCCAAGCCUGUUGAGAAUCUUCCCAGUGCAGAGAUCCAAUUGGAAAGAAAGGAAGCCGAGCGAGCUGGUACUGCUAAGGAGGCCCCUAUAGUGACACCUUUAAUGGAUUUUGUUCGCCAGAAAAGAGCUGCCAAGGGUGGACCUCGGAGGUCCUUGCCUAAUGGGAAAUUGACGAGAAGGGCUAGUGGUGCAUCAUCUUCAAGUUCAAGUUCUACUCCACUAAAACGGGGUUCUGAAAGGAGGAGGACUUCGACCACCAUGUAUGUCCCAAGGGAUACUGGGAAAGGCAGAAGUGGUAAAGAGAAGUCAACCUAUAUUCAGGUCCAAAAACGUGAUGAUCAAUCGCUUUCUGAAAAGUCUGUUGGUUCAUAUGCUGCAUCUGGAAGUGUGGUACUCGAGGAAGGACGGGGUUCUUCUGGAACUCCUGAUAUUGGGAAAAAGAAAAUUCUGCUCUUGAAGGGCAAAGAGAAGGAAAUUCCCCAUAUGACCACUGGUUUGUCCCCGCAGCAGAGCUCAUUAUCUGUUAAACUUUCCCAUGGUUCUGGUGCUCUUAAACAGAACCAGCAACGGGAGGCUAGUGGAAGGAUUAUUAGAAGCAUACUUCUCAACAAGGAUACUCAACAGAAUCAAUCUGAACAACAGAACCAGACUUCUAGUCGGGUUAUGGACAGAAGACCACCUAGACCUCCAAAUGUUCCACCACCCUUGAAGGAUUCUAACGGUUUGCCAGAUGAUAUGGUUGCUGGGCAUGAUUUGCAUGGAUUCUACAGUGAGAAGCAGGACAAGCGUACUAGGAACAGGGACAGACCUGAUCGUGGUGUUUGGACUCCCCUUAGGCGUUCUGAUGGAUCACAUGCAAGUGAUGAAUCCCUUUCAUCUUCCACUUCUCAAUCGACACAAAUGCAACCAGAUUCUGCAGAAGGAACUCAUGGAGAGGUAAAGUCUGACCUGUCAAAUGCGAGAGGUGGGGAUUUUAAAACUAUUGGAAGUGGACGUGGUGGUCAUUUCUCAGUUGAUAAUGGCUCCCAUAAACAUGGAGGUCGCCGUGGACCAUCACACAAUGCCAAGGAUGCAGAUGGCUCUCCAAGUUUAAGUGAAGGAAAACCUGCAAAAAGAGGAGUUUCUGCUGGCUAUGGUUCUCAUGAGAAACAAGUCUGGGUUCAGAAGUCAAGUUCUGGUUCUUAAUCUCGUCACUAAGUUGAGUGAAGACAUGAUUUUUUACGAGUAAUGGAGUUGGAGUAUAAAUCUGCUUACUUGCAGUGGAGAAAGUUGUGUUUUGCUAGAUUCAUGAUUUGAAGCAGACGCAAGAACGAUGAUGAGGCGGCCUGGAGGGAGUCCAGUUUUACGUUGGAGAUUCCUUCUAUUUACAAACC